AUGGGUGUGUGUUCAGGAGUAUGUUAAUAGCAGGCUAAAAAUAUUGUAAAUGAAUCUGCAAUAAUUACAGAGACCAUCAAAUAAGCACUUUAGGAAGAUAUCAUAACAAAUAAAGAAAUGUAUUAAGAAGAGAGAUAGUUGCAUAUGGAGACAGGGGCAAUAUAUGAAGGUGAUUUGAUAAAUGGAAUUCGAAGUGGAAAGGGCAGACAAGUAUGGCCUGAUGGUAUAAAUAUGAUAAUGUAGGUUCAUACUACGAAGGGGAUUUUGUGAAUGAUAUGGCAGAUGGAAAGGGAUUAUUAGUGAAUGCGGAAGGAAGUGUCUAUGAUGGUGAAUGGUUGGAAGACAAAGCAAGCGGUUUUGGAAAGUACUAGAGUCAUGAUGGCUUAUACUACGAAGGACAAUGGCUAGAGGACAAAUAACAUGGAAUUGGGAAAGAGAUCAAUUCAAAAAGUUUAAUGAUAAACUAAUUUUCUUAGAUGAGUGUUACGAGGGCGAAUUUUUUAGAGGAGUUAAAUAAGGAACAGGGAAGUUGACUAUCAAUGACGGAGAGUUUUAUGAAGGCGAGUUUUAAAAUGGGAUGAUGCAUGGUCAAGGUAAGAAAUUGAAAUAGUAAAAAAGCAAAGGAACUUACACUUGGAGAAACAAAAAAUCGUACAUAGGAGAAUGGAAAGAGGGGAAGAUAGAUGGAUUUGGAAUAAUGAAAUGGGAUGAUGGAAGAUAUUACGAAGGGAAUUUUUUAAAUGGAAAAUAACAUGGAGAAGGCACCUUUGUUUGGAAAGGGAAGAAGUAUAUAGGUGCAUGGAUAAAUGGUUAUUAAGAAGGGGAAGGAACUUAUUAUAAUAAAAAAGGUGAAAGUAGGAUAGGAAUCUGGAAGAAUGGAAAGAGAGUAGAAUGGCUUGACGAUAAUAGUAGCAGUAAUAGCAUAGAAUAAACAUUUUGA